AUGUGCCCCACCGACAAAGCUGUCGCAACGACCGACAACAAUGACCAUUUGGUUCAGUCUGACGACCCGGAGCACCCGGCCAACCUGAUCCCCGAGCUCUGCAAGAAAUUCUACAACUGGGGAUGGGUGACCGGCACUGGCGGUGGUACUUCCAUCCGCCAGGGCGACCACAUCUACAUUGCUCCCUCGGGAGUCCAAAAGGAACUGAUCCAGCCACAGAACAUCUUCGUCGUCCAGUGGCCCACCCCCAAGUACCCCGCCGAGGCGCGCAACUAUAUCCGCAAACCCCUCAAGCUCAACCCUUCCGCCUGCACUCCACUGUUCCUGACUGCUUUUGAGCAGGGCGCUGGAUGCUGCAUCCACACGCACUCGCAAUGGGCUGUGCUCGUUACUUUGCUGGUGGAGCGGGAGAAGGGCCCCGAUGCUUGUUUCGAGAUCAACAACAUCGAGCAGAUCAAGGGUAUUCCUCGUGGCAAGGGCAAGGGCAUGCUUGGAUUCUUCGAUACUCUGAAGAUCCCAAUCAUUGAGAACACUGCCUUUGAAGAGGAUCUGACCAGUGGCCUGGAGGCUGCCAUGAACAAAUACCCUGACACAUAUGCCGUGCUUGUUCGCCGACAUGGAAUCUAUGUCUGGGGCGACACCACCGCCAAGGCCAAGACCCAGUGCGAGAGUCUGGAUUACUUGUUCCAGCUGGCUGUUGAAAUGCACAAGCUGGGACUUCCGUGGAUCAAAUAG